AUGGGCUCGCCCAGGCGCAGCUCAAGCAACGGCGAUGAGGAGGAUGACUAUGACCAGAUCCCACUCCAGCACCAGCGCCCAUUUGGGACCGGGCUGUUCAGGAAACCGAUAGCGUUUGUAUCUGCUUCGGCGGGAGCGCAGCAGCUCAAGUCGGUCGAUGACACAGCAGCAGCGACACCGCGCCAGGACGUGGCCGACAUCUACCUGAGCAUGGUUCUCCCCGAGGACGCCACGCGGUCGCGGUCGGCGCCGCCCACAAGCAACAACAACAGCAGCAGCAGCACCACUACCACUACCAAGACAGCGGGGGACGAAUCAUCCCAGCCCUCAACAUGCCCGGUCUGCAGACUUCCCCUCGACACGGACCCUGAAACCCACCAGCAGACCCUCGCCCACCAGGUCUGCCUCCCCCACUCGCAGCCCCCCUCGGCCCUGGACCGCACCCGCAUGGGCCUGGCCUACCUCUCCGCCUACGGCUGGGACCCCGACUCCAGGAGGGGGCUCGGCGUCGAGCAGCAGGGCAUCCGGUACCCGGUCAAGGCCAAGGUGAAGGACGACAACCUCGGCAUCGGCAUGCGGGCCCCGUCGCCGCCGCCUCCUCCCGGAGAGAAGCAGAGGGAGGAGGAGAAGAAGAAGAAGAAGGCGCAGCUGCUCGAUGCCAAGAAGGUCCGCAAGAUGGCGCUCGACGACAGGAAGAAGGCCGCCAGGAUCCGCCAGGACCUGUUUGGCGAUGGCAGGCUGGAGAAGUACUUGGGACCGGGGGCGGCGGGAUGA